AGUCGCCCGUACACGGUCAUCGUGAGGAUCGACAGCAGCCCCGAAGGGUACGCAGCAGCCGAGUAUUCGGCAUCGUUGUGUAUCAAGCUGAAGGUGAACUUUCGGCUAAUAUUCCUUUUUGUCGUCGCACUGUACAGAAGAACCGGGUUUCAGCUUAUCAACCGCCAGACAGAUCAAAUGAACGCCGAUAUCCGUGAGGAUGCAGAGAACGAGAUGGUCAAGUGCAAGCAGUUUCUCUCGCGCUUCGAGUCGCUGGUGCCCUACGAGUGGAUUUCGAUAAAGGACGAGGGCAAUAUCGGCCCGAUUAUU